CCUCGAUUUCGAUGCACCUCGUCGUCGUCGUGUUCCGCAGAACGCUACGCGCCGCGCUCGCAACCACUGUGGAACCCUGCGCGCCAGCUAAAUCCCUGAAGAACCAACGUUUCGAGCAUCCUCGCUCGACUGCAGCGAUCAAACACGAAUCGAUCAGACAUGAAGUACUCACCGCAGCAGCAGCAGCAGCAGAAGCAGCGGAAGUCGGAGAGCGAUGUCGCGUCCGUGGACGCGACCCUAAGCCGGACGUCAGCGUCGGCCACGCAGGAUCAACGGAAAAGCUCGUCGGCGUCGUCGUCGACGAGGGCGGCUGUCUGCCGCUCGCCAUCCACUGGCAUGUUUGCCUGGAUGCGUGUGUUUCGGCUAGCGUCGAUGCUGCACCAGGUCGGCUGCUAAGGCUCCCUGUAACAGCAUAGCCUCUGAGAGAGAAAGAGAGAGAGGGAGCAAACGAGAGAGAGAGAGAGAGAGAGAAGAAAGAGAGAGUCAAUAGAGUCGUAUUUUAAACAAUCUCAGAUUAAAUAAUCAAUAUCGUACAACAGCGCACGGUUGACACGCGCGCGGGGCCUCAAGUUUCAGCCCCCAUGUGUCACGAGUCACGCGUGUACGUAUAUAUUUGUGAAACACGGCCGGGGUCCGAGAAAAAAGAAAAAAAAAACGUAGGGACCGCGGCCGGUGUUUGUAGCCCGAUCAUAGUUACGUGAAGGCGGAUCGCGCGUCUCGCGACAGAGAUCGUGCGAUUCGCCGUGUAGAGACGUCGAAGCACCGUGAAGUUGGGCCGCGCCCGGGGUUGCUAGUGCACGAAAAAUAUAAAAGUCUACCUCCCUUCUUGCCAGAAUUCUUGCUAGAUGAUUCAUUUGCAAACGCGCUCUUGCACAACGGUUUGUACAACUGGUUUGGGUAUAAUGUGCGCGAUAUAAUUAUUCCCUUCUUGUUCGUUUCCGAAUAACGUUCUACUCUAUUUUGUCGUUUUCUGUUAAUUUAAAGUCUGUUAAUUAAAAAUUAUUAUUCUAUCAAAAUUUCUUAUUCCACGCAGGAGAAUGGCUCUUAGUCAGCCUUCUGAAAAUACUGAAGGUGUAAUUUAGUUUAGUUUAGUCGUACUGAUCCAUUCGCCACACCUCCCGCGAGAGGGUUGGCGCGGCCCCGGUCACGCACGCACGCGGAGCAGAAUAUACGCGCGUGUUCCGCGAGUAACGUUGCGUGUAUAUUUAUGUACAUAUAUAGAAACUGAUGAAUAAUGCGGGCCACGUAUGCGGAAACGUUGUAACUCGUUGUAAUUCGAAUUCACGAAAUUCGGACUGCUGCGGCUCGAAGGAGACAGCUUCGCCGGAACGUUUGAAAGCUGCCGCGACACGCAA